ACGCUGCGUUUUUGGGUGAUAAUCUUGAUUUUCCUUCUCUAUUGUUGAUGCCUCUUAUGUAUGUUGUUGUUGGUGGGCUGUGACAUCCUUGUAGACUGAGUUUGGGUGUUUUUACCCUCAAUUUGCAUAAUAAGAGAAGAAGAGGGCGGACUCCCUAUAAGUCCCGUGGUUUUUAUCCUUCACAUCGAAGGGGUUUUCCACGUAUAAAAAUCGCGUGUCGUUUGCAUCUUUGUUCUUCAUAUUUGGUUGUGGUUUAUUUGAUGUGUUGCUGAUUUUAUGUGCUUGGUUAAUCAAUAGUGGUGAAUUGGGUUAAGUGUUUGGUUGGUUGUCUUGAAGUUGAUCCUUGUAGGUGGUGCAUCCUACUUGUUGCUUCUCCCCCAACAAUGGGCUCAGGAAUUGACAAGAAGCAUGUACGCGCUGCUUGCGAAAUCUUAUCUAUUCUAAAGAAACCCAUUGUUUUAAUGGAAAGUGCCUCUACGGAAAAGACUAGGCAAUCAUCUAAGGAGAAGAUAGUUUGCAAAGAAGAAGAAACAAGCAUUACAGACACCAGCACUUGUGGCAAACAUGUAAAUGUUGACUUAUCACACCCUGAAAAUUCCUCUGGAACUAAAAGCAAGAUUUUUUCAGAAUCUGUCUCCUCCAGAGGAAACGAAACUCGUGAAACACAAGGAGCAUCAACGAAUGACCUUCCCACUAAUCUGUCCAUGAAGAAGGCUUUCUCUGCCCGACAUGAAAGUUCUGUAGAAAUAGGCAUGUCAGAUGGAAAAGAAGAGGAAGCAAUUGCAAGCGUGAAAAUGGAAAGAGAAGAGAAGUCCUUUGGUUGUGCUCUCGGGGUGAUGAAACAUUGUCAAGAGCCAAAAGAGUGUCCAGUAGAAUCCCUUUGCUCUGUGAAAUCAGACUCAAAUGCCUUUGAAAUGGCUGUGGACUGUGACACCAAAGACAGUUUUGAGCUCAACACAAGCACAAGGAAAGACGAUGACUUCCCAAGUUUUGAUCUCGGGUUUUGAGCUCGAGUAGUGCAAAGUGAAAAUC